AUGUAUGAAGCGAUGACCACCACACAUCCUUCUACUCUCAGACCAGCACCGAGACCAAUGGACCAAUCGUCUCUUAAAGGUCACAUUCAGGUCCACCUGACCGUCGUGGACGACGACUGCUCACAGGUUCGAGCUAUCGAUGCCAUUCCGUCGUUGUCCCGCCUACAGAGAACAGUGGCUAUAUUCCAGCUUUGUGGCGUCAAUCUUGCCUGGAGCGUCUCAAACGGGCUCAUAAUCAUUAGCCUCCCGCGACUGACAGUAGACCUAAAUCUGCCUGAGUCGCUUGCCUUUUGGCCGUCUUCAGUCCAAGGAUUAGCUACAGCCUCCACGCUACUACUUGCAGGUAGCGUCGCCGACGUCCUGGGGCCGCGAAUGGUGAACCUGACUGGAUGUAUAAUCAAUGGCAUUUUCAUGAUCUCCGUCGGUCUUGUCGAGAACGGGAGACAGUUGGUUAUUCUGCGGGCGCUGCAGGGUAUUGCCAUAGCCAUGCACUUGGCCAGCUCUGUGGCUCUUGUGAGUAACACUCAACCGCAGGGCCGAAGCCGCAAUGUAUCCUUUGCUUGUCUAGGCCUGAGCCAGCUUCUGGGGUUUACUCUUGGUUUGAUUGUAGGUGGUGUAUUGGUCGAUAGCAUCGGGUGGCGUUCAGGAUGGUAUAUUUGCGGCGUUGUGACUCUGCUCCUAUUUGUCGUGGGUCUGUGGUCGCUGCCAAAAUUAGAACUGCCUGGUUCUUUCCGAAGUACGCUGUAUAGCUUGAGGCUCAAAGUCGACUGGGUAGGAACUCUACUUGCGUCCGCGCUCAUGGCUCUGUUGUCUUACUUCCUAUCCAUUAUCGGAACCGAUGUUCAUCGCGUCAAGGAAGUAGGCAGCAUCGUGCUUCUAUGUCUUUGUUUCGUGAUUGCGCCCCUCUUCAUCGGUUGGAUGCACUUUCAAGUCAAAAGAGAUAAGCCAGCGCUGAUUCCCAAUGGUUUCUGGGCGAAUAGUGCGUUUGCAGCCGUCUGUGGCACCGUAGCUUUGUCCUUCGCGGCGUUGAACUCUAUGGACCUCAUGACUAGCCUUUAUUUUCAGGAAAUCCAGCAUCUCUCGGCUCUUGAUGCGUCUAUUCGGAUCGUCCCCAGCGCUGUCGUCGGACUAACGCUUAACCUGACCACAGGUUUUAUUGUAAACAGGGUACCGGCUGUCUGGCUCGUGAACGCCACAACUCUGCUGUCAUCAGGCUCGCCACUUCUCAUGGCUCUGAUGAAGCCUGGAUGGUCUUAUUGGACUGGCGCCUUCCUUGCCCAGAUUCUUCUACCGUUUUCCUUUGAUAUCCUCUUUACUGUCGGGCAUCUCAUAAUUACUGAAGCAUUUCCCCGUGAAAGCCAAUCUCGGGCAGGUGCUGUUUUUCAUACAGCUGCGCAGUUUGGGAACGCCGUGGGUUUAGCUACGACCCAAGCGGUUUCGGCUUUAUUCACGAAGAAGCAUGCCCACCUGGAAUAUUCGGAGGCGCUUGUGACGGAGUCGUAG